UUAUAAAUGUGCGUGCACUUAUCUUUUUCCAGCAUUAUUCUAUUUAAUACCCCAAAAGAGUAAAAGGUUCCUUUUAUAAGCUAUGUCCACUAAUUUAAAACUAUACAUUGACUUUAUUUCACAACCAUGUCGAUCUCUUUACAUCAUUCUUAAACAAAGUGGAGUUCCAUUUGAUAAGGUUUUAAUUGAUCUUGCCAAAGGCGAACAGUUAACAAGUGAAUAUAAAAAGAUAAAUCGGUUUCAAAAAGUUCCAUGCAUCACAGAUGGAGAUUUCAAACUUGCCGAAUCAGGGGCUAUCCUGAGAUACCUCGCUUCAACAAAACGACUUUCUGAAAGCCUUUAUAGCAAUAAUAUACAAGAACGUGCUCACAUUGAUGAGUUUCUAGAAUGGCAUUACACUCUCCGUAAAGAAAUUAUGAAUUUCUUUUAUUUAGAUUGGUUAGGUCCAUUACGAUCAGGCCAACCAACGCCAGCAGAAGAAUUGGCAAAUGGAAGGAGAGAUAUGGAAAAAGUUUUUGAUAUACUAGAAAAGACUUGGUUAAAUUCAUCCAAAUAUGUAACUGGUAGUAAAAUAACGGCUGCUGAUAUAUUUGGAGUUUCUGAACUCCAACAAACAACACUAUCAAAAUAUGAUGUUGGAAGGAAUUAUCCUAAAAUUGCUGAGUGGAUUGAAAAUGUUCGCCAAGAAACAAAUCCCCAUUUUGAUGAUGCACAUAAGAUUUUAUAUAAAAUUGCUAAAAUAUCAAAAUAAAAUUCAUUUUCAUAUUA